AGAAAUCCGAAAGGGGCAAUUUAUGCGAGCGUGAACUGGGGGGUUGGGCUUGGCUGCUCCACUUUACUUCGUGUUUCUUUCUUUGUUUGUUGGGUUGCCUCUUCUUUCUUUCUUUUCUUUUGGGUCAGUUCGGGGGAUGGCCGAAGUGGUUCUUGUCCUCUCUCUAUUGUAUACUAGGUACUUGUAUUUUGGAUUGUGUAUUGCAUAUUGGAUAUUCGGUAUUGUACUCUGGAUCUGCAUUUUGUAUAUAUACCUAUGUGAAAUAGAAGAGAUAUACAGUGGAAGAUGUACAAUUGCCUCAAUCAGAUCGAAAUCCUGGAUCCGGUUCUUUCUUUCUUUUUGUCAAAGUCCUGUUUCUGAACGCCUGUAUCGCCGUGCCUUUCGUUGGUGGUUCCGUGCUUCGUAAAUCAUAGACAUAAAUAUGGACAUGAAGGAGAGUGAGAAUGGUAGAUAAGAAAAAGAAAUGACCCCCAU